CGAACACGGAUAACCAAUAUGAUAUAUGGAAAACAAACCAUUCUGAAAAGCUUUAUAGCCCCAUUCUUGAUUAUGAUUUUAGAUUUGUUAAUGUGAUCUAUGAGUCGGUGACAUUAGAAAAUUUCCAAAAUAAAAUUAGGGAAUUUCACUCUAUUGUAAAAUAUCAACAGACCGUUAAUGCAAUAGAGAUGGAUUCAAUUUAUGCUCAUCUUUCAAAUUCACCAAAUAAAUGUCAAAAGCUCUUUAUCUGCGUCAUGCUGGCCUAUCAUAUCGAUAUUGCUCAACGAAAAACAAAAAAUCUUAUAAAGUUAUCCGAAACAUUUUCUUCAACAGAUUUAUUGCAGACAUUAUAUGAAAUUAAAUCUGAUGAUGACCUUUUACCUUCUGAAGCCAAGAAAUUGUUUCCUAAUACGAUUUCAGCCUUGGUCCGACAUAAUUCAUCAAAACAUGAGAGACAACGUUUUUAUAACUUACUCAAAACGGAUGUGAAACCACAUAUUAAUAGAAUUAAUAAAAUUGACAAACCGUUGACUUAUGCUAUCAUCAAUAUUUCUUUUUUUGACAUGGAAUCAUGCGAUUUUAUUGUAAAAGAAAUUAUUGGAAAAGAAAAUAUGGAUCAAGAAAUCAGAGAAUUCUUGGGCGAAAUUAUUUGUAAAAAUCUUGACUCCAAUAAUCCAAGUAAAUUAGAGUCUUAUUUUGAAUCCAUUUCUGAAGAUCUUCAAGUUGAAUGUGCCUCAGCUUUUCACAAAGAGUUUAAAAAACUCAUGCGUUAUAGUGGAUCAACAUGGAACACUAUAGAUUCUGAAUCAAUGUUUAAGAUUUUUUCUCAAUUAUUUACUUCUGAAUCGGAUAUUGUGGAAAUAUUGAAUCUCCUUUCCAA